UUUACGUAGCGGCGGAGGAAGUCCACCAUAUAUACCAGAUCUGACCAUUACUUGCGUGCCACUCCUUCUCCGUCUUCUGUCCUCCACCUGUCGAGCCUCUCUAUCGUCCACUUACUCAUAGGGAGUGACCAACCACAGACGCCAAGAUGUCUGACAAAAAGAUGACAUCAAGCCGCAGGCAUCAUCUGAAGAGCCUGAUGCUUCAGAUUGCCGCUCAGCGGCUGGAAGAUGAGGCCGCUGACAUUGCUGCUGCCAAGGAGCAGCACCUGAGUGACAGUUGCCCUCCCAUCCCAGACUCCUGCUCUCUGGAGGACCUGCUGAAACUGUGCAGAGAGCUGCACCAGAAAAUCGACAAGACCGAUGAGGAGAGGUACGAUGCCGAGGCCAAAAUCGUCAAGGGAGAAAAAGAGAUUGUCGAGCUCAAGUUCAGGGUAACAGAGAUGAAGGGCAUGAAGAAGCCAGCUCUGAAGAAAGUACGUAUGUCUGCCGAUCAGAUGCUUCAGGCUCUGCUGGGCUCCAAGCACAAGGUUACCAUGGACUUGAGGUCCAACCUGAAGCAGGUGAAGAAGGAGGUCAAGCAGGAGACUGCAGAUGUUGGUGACUGGCGUCAGAACAUUGAGGACAAGGCUGGCAUGGGUGGCAGGAAGAAGAUGUUUGAGGGCGCUGAGGCAUAAAUUUGAGAGACUGCUGAUGUUGGUGACGGAUGUAAGAAUAUUGAGGACAAGGCUGGCACUGAUGACAAGAAAAACAGAUUGGGGGCGCUGAGGCCAACAUUUGCCAGGACUUUCUUUUUACCCCGCAAUGUUCAAGAGAUCUCGGAACAUGCUUCUUAGCAUUUGGACUAUGGGGUGUCAUAGAUGAUGUCAUAUCUAUGUAUCUAUAUAAUUAUUACCACUAUACUGUUUGCCAGUGUAUGUUUCUGACAGAUUACAAUCAUUCAAUAAAAGAUUCAAGGGGA